CCGCGCACUUGCUCGUACAUCUGUCAAAUGAGCAUGAAAAUGUCAAAAAUUUUCAAUUUAUUCUCAACGAAAUUAAUCAUCAAUCAGUAGCAACAUAAAUUAAUUGUGCUCUGUUGUUCCUUUGCCAUGUGAUAACAUUAUGGCUGUAAGUAGGGUCUUAUUCAACCCUUUGUGGUCUUCUGCAAGUGGACACCUGACGGCAAGUAUAAAAAAUAACUUCAUGGCAGUCAGCAAGAGGUCCUUUUCCAGAUUAGAGAUAACAAAGAAUUUAGCACUUAUCAGCAAAGAAAAAAUAAACAGUAAAAUUACAAAUCUAAAACUACACGAUCAAACUGGUCGACCAUGUGUUUUACUUUUAUCAUGGCUUAUGGCGAAGAGAAAACACAUGCAGAAAUUUGUAGAUUAUUACCUCAAUCAAGAUUGCGACGUUCUUUGCAUAAAUAUUACUCCAUGGCAACUGUUAUGGCCUACAAAAGGAACACAGAUUGUUGCUGCUGAUAUCCUUAAGUUUAUUGAUAACAACUAUCUGAACAGUCAGUGUCUACUUCAUGGGUUCUCUGUUGGCGCUUACCUUUGGGCCGAAGUUAUGGUGCAAAUGGCAGCACAACAGGAUAGGUAUAGGCCUGUUAUGGACAAAUUCGUUGGACAGGUAUGGGAUAGCGCUGCGGAUGUAACCGAAAUCUCAGUUGGUUUACCAGUUGCUGUAUUCCCUAAGAAUUUCGUCAUGCAGAAAGCGCUUGCACAAUACAUACUAUACCACAUGAGGACAUUCGAUAAAGUGGCUACCAGGCAUUAUGUGAGGGCUAGUCAAAUGUUUACUACAAAUCUGAUUAAAAGUCCGGCUCAGAUUUUCAUCAGUAAAACAGAUCCUAUUGGAACUGAAACAUCGAAUUUGAGAGUGAAAGAAACCUGGGAAAACAUGGGUAUUAAGGUGUACUUCAAGUGCUGGGAAAAAUCACCGCAUGUGGGUCAUUUUCUGAAACACCGAGAAGAAUAUCUUGAACACCUAGAUAAAUUCCUUGAAGAAAUCGGCUUUGGAGUUACCUCCAGUGAGAGAUUGAAAGCUAAACUUUAAAUCAUAAUAAAAUACACAUUUCUCAUGAAAUUUUCCAUUUUUCGAUUAAUUGUAAUUGAACCUCAAAAGUGGACGUAAACAAGACAAUUCAAAUUGCUAUCAUUGCAGUAUUUAAUAUUUCAUAUUACCACAGCCCUAAAGAAGAAUAUUCCCGGCAUUUUAAAUUAAAAGUCCCACUUCUUUUCGUUUAAAACUACUUGGCAGUUUACUUAACAAUAUAUUUUGUAUACUUUGCAAGCAAGCAAGUAUGAAUCAUUGAUUUAUCAUUUCUCAUCAAAAUUUCAGUUUUCUGAUUAAAGAAUAGUUUUCGAAUUUCUAUAUGAAUUUACUCAUUACAGGAUGACGCCGGAUGCUCACUAAAUGUAUGGCAGAUUUGACAUUUUCAAAGUGACCUUAAACUCAAAAUAUGUAAUUCAUAUUAUAUUAUGGAAAAGUCCAGUCAGGUAAUAAUAUGUUACAGACUGCACGUUCUUUACUUAAAUUUUGAAGUGAGCACGUUUCAGGAAUUGUUCAUUUUGAUACCUAUUUUGACACUAUUAAAUCUUGUAUUGUAAAAGUUUGAAGAACCUUUUAUAUACCAUAGUUUCAUAAAAAAUAUCGUCUCAUUGAAAAUUAUCACCUAAGUGAUUCAUAAAAUGCACUGAAUAAUGAUAAUUGCUAUGAAAACCAAUGAGAAGCAAAUUGUGCUGAAAUGUUCUGUGAUUGAAUAAAGUAUCGAAUUUUCAGUUUAGGGCAAAACCGCGUUAACUCUGAUGUCUAUUCAAUUUCCGAAGAUUUACAUUAAGAUAAGUAGAUAUUCCGGUUUCAACUGCACCUCAGAAUUCCAUCCUGAAAUCUGAUUUUUGAAAUGAACAGGUUUUCUUAUAUCUGUAGAGUAUUUUACCAUGUAAACAUUUGUAGGUUGAUUAAAAAUAGAUUUUGAGAA